UUCUGUCUGUACAACUCCAGGAAAUGACGACCUAUGCUUGACUUCAAACUUCCAGAGGCGGGUGCUGCCGGACGAGUGGAAAAAUUCCACUCGGAAACAAGCAAACAAAAAAUUAAUUCUAUGUUGAGCUUUUGUGAUAACGUAUUUGAUGUAACCAUAGAUGUAUUUCUAAGUGCAAGCGGUUCUAAACGUUUUCGAAUGGUGUUUCACAUCAACCAUUUGCAACAGAAUGAGCUUGCUUGAAAUUAGUGAGAAUGUCAAACUUGCUAGAGAAUACGCCUUGCUUGGAAACUACAGCUCCGCUGUUGUGUGCUACCAGGGGGUGCUUGAACAGAUCAAGAUGCUUUUCUCAGUUCGAGACUCUGCAUUACAGCAAAAAUGGCAACAGGUUUGGCAAGAAAUCAGUGAGGAGACUAAACAUGUUAGGGAAAUCAUGGCAACAUUAGAGAGUUUUCAGCUUGAGACUGCCCAAUCCAAACCAAGCUGUCAAGAAGGAGACAUUUGGUCUGUGCAGCCAGAACGCAGGUCUUCGCCCUGUCCGGUGAGGCGGCCGCAGCAGCCUUACAAAGAGAGCAAACCGCACAACAACCGCCUGAGCGUGGCCGGCCGGGCUCCGCACCGCCAGUCACCGCGAGGGCCCAACGGCCCAAAGCCUGGGAAGGGCAAGGAGAAGCGGGAGGCGCCAAGCAGGCCUAAGGAUGAAAAGAACAAAGCUGAGGUCUCGGAGACUGAGGUGAAGAAAUUUGACGGAACAGGAUAUGACAAAGACCUUGUGGAGGCCCUGGAACGUGAUAUUAUAUCACAAAAUCCCAAUGUCAAGUGGGAUGACAUUGCAGAUUUGGAAGAAGCAAAGAAGCUGUUGAAGGAAGCAGUGGUUCUGCCGAUGUGGAUGCCUGAAUUCUUCAAAGGAAUUCGCCGACCAUGGAAGGGAGUGCUUAUGGUUGGGCCGCCUGGUACUGGGAAAACACUGCUAGCCAAAGCUGUUGCUACGGAGUGCAGAACCACUUUCUUCAACGUGUCCUCAUCUACUCUUACCUCAAAGUACAGAGGGGAGUCUGAGAAACUCGUCCGGCUCCUGUUUGAAAUGGCGAGGUUCUACGCCCCCACCACCAUAUUUAUCGACGAAAUUGACUCCAUGUGCAGCCGAAGGGGAACGUCGGAGGAGCACGAGGCCAGCAGGAGGGUGAAGGCUGAGCUCCUGGUGCAAAUGGAUGGUGUUGGCGGGGCUUCAGAAAAUGAGGAUCCUUCGAAGAUGGUCAUGGUUCUGGCAGCCACCAAUUUCCCCUGGGACAUCGAUGAGGCUCUGAGACGCCGCCUGGAGAAGAGGAUUUAUAUCCCUCUGCCAUCCGCCAAAGGCAGAGUGGAGCUACUCAAAAUUAAUCUCAAGGAGCUGGAGCUGGCCAAUGACGUGGACAUGGCGAAGAUCGCCGAACAGAUGGAGGGGUACUCCGGUGCAGACAUCACUAAUGUUUGCCGGGACGCCUCGCUCAUGGCGAUGCGGCGGCUCAUCGAGGGCCUGACGCCGGAGGAGAUCCGCAACAUCUCCAGAGACGAGAUGCACAUGCCCACCACCAUGGACGACUUCGAGUCGGCCCUGAGGAAGGUGUCCAAAUCCGUGUCAGCUGCCGACCUGGAGAAGUACGAGAAGUGGAUCGCCGAAUUCGGCUCCUGCUGAGGCGUGGAACAAGCCUUUCUGUGUUCUCAAAGAAACAUUCACUUGGUGUGGAGGACAAGGACCAGUUUUCAUUGGGUUUGCGUAAUUGCCAUAGUAAGAUUCAGACAUUCUGGGGGCCUUUUUUUCGGUUUUGCUUGUAUUUUUAUUCUGUCGGGUUGCUUCAUAUUGAGGGUGGCAACCAUGAGCACUUUUGAGAAACACUAUGGCCUUUACUUACAAUUUCACUACAUGGGCUAGAAGCUGUGACAUAAAUAUAGUAUGACAACAUUCAGAAGAUUGUUUGGUGUCACUUACUGUCACUUAUAGUCCAUUAUUUAGACUGAAGCAAAAAUCCUCUUUCACAAGAAAUAAUUAUUUGUAUUUGUAUGGCUUUUAACCCUUGCCUCAGUUACUCCUUGUACCAAAGUGUCCACUGUAUAACAGGGUUUUAGCCAUUUUGCCAGUGAUGUCUCAGUUGAAGAGUUGGAAUAGAUUUGAAGUUGUUUUAUGCACUUGAUUUUAUGGGGGGCGGGGGGGGACUCAUCUGGUUCUUCCAAAAAUCACUACUUGGUCCCCCAAACUGUGGUACUGAGUUGGAAAUCUACCACAGUAACGUGAAAAAUGUAAUGUUAAUAAAGCUAUUUAAAAGUCGAA